CGGGGCUAGGGGACUCGUUGAGAACCGGUUGUUAGUUAGGGUUCAAUAGGAGAGAGGGGAGAUCGAAAAAGAUGGAGGAAGACAGCGACGACGAAAGAAGGGAGGCAGCAAUAGCGUCGACGCCACCUCUGCAACCCAAUUUCAAUCCUUCUGGGAUCACCCAUGCCCAACUCACCAAAUUCCUAGAACUGCACAAAAAGCGUUUACAAAUCAAAGCAAGAUCGAAGAUAAGAAACAAAUCAAAAGGGAUGCUCAACAAGACGAGCAAAUCUUGUUUUAAGAAUCCUGAUGCCAAAGAUGUAACAGAGGAAAUUUCAAGCAAAGAAAUUGACGACUCUAGUGCUUCUGUCUUGAAUGGGAGCGCCAUGAAAAAUACCCUCGCCCUGCCGAAGGAUACUGCAACGGUGCUUGUUGGAGCAAAAAAGCGGCAGAAGUUACACUGGGGGCUGGACACGAAGGAAAGGUGGGAGCGGAAAGCCAACAUGUAGAGAGGCAUAGCUACCAGCCUACCAUGGGAAUCAGAAAUGCAAGUUUCCCAAGUGAUAAUUGGCCGCUCUAUCUGAAGUCAGUCUCGUAAGUUCAGAAGAUACGGCUGAAGCUACGCUUUCUGAGUCAAUGAUUUUUAUUGGGAAAAACUCUAGCAUGCAAAAAGCUCUACUAACAUCUGAAGGAGUUGAAGUUAUCUCAGCUUCUUUUCAGGGCAGUGGAGUUAAAGAGAAUGCUGUAAAUAUGAGGGAUGGGCAUAGUGCUCUUCUUUUUUCUUUUGUUCUAGUAACUUUUUACGACUCUUGUUUUGGUUCUUGAUUAAUAGGCAUAAGUACGGGCAUUAGUUCGUGUUGGAUUUUGUUUUAGAUGAAAUAAUUGUGCUAAUUUUCUUUCGUUCA